UGUUUUUGUUUCAAUGACUCUGAUCAACGGCUUAUUUGAGGUCAACUGUUUGGAGGUAACAAAUGUCCUCUCAUGGCGGUCGCCGAUCAGGAAGCGGCCGCAAGAAAAUCUUCGCUAGCAACUCAGCGAGGCUUCAGUUCUGGCGUAAGACUCGUAAAAGGAUUUCGUUGGAUGGAACACUUUUCUACUCUUGGGUUUCUACGAGGAUCAAGUGCGGAUACGACAACGAUUCCAUGUUUGCUGCCCAUCUUCUAUCGCUCGAGACAAGAAGAAGGUAAAUGCAUAAAAUGUCUGUUCAAUCUGUUUGCUGGCGGUCUUAUUUUGAGUUAAUCAGUUGUUUUGAAUGUAUGUAUCUAUUUUCUUUUACAGGGAUAGUGCAUCUACCGUUUGUAAAAAAGGAGAGAGAGAGGCAUCAUCCACAAACCAGUUCCUUCCUCAAAACGAAGCCACAUUGAAGGUGAGACUGCAGCUGUACUUGAUUCUAGAUUGAAUAAAUGUCUUCACAUUACUAUUAUUUUGCGGCCCUCCAGAAAAUUAUCCUGGAACCAAAGCUUCUUAACAGUUUUAAAUAUUAUGUGCGAUUCAGGUAAAAUACCAAACCUUGGUAAUGAUUGUUUUUCCUGAGAAAUUAUUAGUUAUUGAGACAACAUUCUUGCCAAUAAAUGUGACACUGGCUGAGAGGCAACCCUUAUGUCUAAUCUUUGGCUCUCAAGAUUUGGGAGCUUAUUUACUUAGGAUAUUACUACCAACUAAAUAAAACCAGUUCUUGGCAUGUUGAUAUUCAAUUUUUUUUUAAAUUUUAAUUUUUAAUAUUUUUAAUUUUUAAUUUUUAAUAUAUUCAUUGAUUGAUAAAUUUUUUCAUUGAUUCAUUUAUUGAUCAAUUUUUAAUUAAGCAUUGACCAGAGUCAUCCAAGAUAAUGCACAUUGUUUUUCCAGUUUUUCAUAAUUUAUUGCAGUUCCUGUGGUGUCUCUGGAGACUUUUAUUGAGUCAUACAAUGUAUCACAGUUCUUUGCAGUUACUUGGAGAAUAGAAAUUGGUCAUUAAAAAGGAGACUGCAUGCUAAUCCUAGUAGCAUUUCCAUUCAUUUCCAUGGCAAUAAUGCCUUGCAUGCAUUAUAUUACAAUAAAUUUUUCAUGGUUAGUGGUUCUUUUACCUUUGAUUGCAGACACACAGGCAAACUCAAGUGUGCCAACAGCCUUUCACUGGUUUAUACUUCAAAACGAUGCUCUUACAGGUUUGUUUAUUAUGUUAACGCCUGUGAAACGAGGAAAAUUUGACACUUCGUCAAAUGUCAUGCGAGACCUUUUUGAUCCAGUUGAACUAAUAAUAAUAUAUAGACAAUGUACAUGUAAACAUGACAAGAAAGAAUCCCACCUGGCAUGCUGCAACCAGCUAGCUAUUAAAGCGUGGCAGUUUUAUGGUUCAAAACCAGUGACUGGUAAGAUCAAGUCUAGAACCUAACCUACCAGAUUGGGAUUCAGCUGCACUUACUACUCAGCAAUAAAGGGAAGAAUUUCCAAAAUUUGAAACGACUUUUAUUGAGACUGAUUUUACAAUGCAGAUUAUGAAACAAAAAUAAUAAAGGAAAAGUGAAUAGUAAUCUUUUUGUUAUCAUACUUGUGUUACAGUAACAAAGUUCACAAAGCAUGCAAACAGCUUGCAGCCAUUUAUUGGAAUUUCCAUAUGAACCUUGAAGCAGCAACAACAAAAGCAGGAGAGCAGAUAGUAACCAGAAAGUACAAUCAGCGAACAAAUGAUUGGGACGUGAAAAUUAUCACAGUCAAGAAAAAGUUUGAGUACAUUCCAGUGAUGAUGGUGAAGAUUUUUAACAUGAGAAAAGAAGAUACUGAUAGUGUUACGAGGUGGCUGUCUUUGAAUGAAAGCGACCCUGCUUUGCUGGCUCUCACCAUCGCUGAAAAACAGGCACCCCCUUCAAAGGAACUUUUUAUGGCACGUAAGAGCAGAUUUCAAUCUGGUACUGAAGAUCAUUCAGAGAAUUCCUCAAGUAGUAAUAAAAAUUCAAAGAGGACAGACGGAAAAUUGUUGUUGCUCAAAAUAUCUAAAACUAAGUUGGAACUUUUCAUCAGUAGGAUAUUGCCCUAAAGGCUGAAAUGUGUCUUUUUCAAUCGUCUUGCUCACUUUGCUGUAAUUGCUGAUAAUGGGUAAUUUGUUCAUGUUUAUUUAUAAGUUGAAAGGUUAUUAAUUUUUCUUUUGUUUUGGGGGUAUGUUAAAAUGAAUGAUUAUGUGAUUGCAAUUUUGCACCGAGGAUAGCCUGAGUGGCUCGGCCACUACAGAUGUUUAAGUCAGUCACUGACUUAACAGUCCUUAUUAACACCAACAAGUUUAGAUGUAUGAAAUAAAAUGGUACAAAUAAUGUUUGCAUACUUUACGUACAUGUACAGAGUGCAAAGAAAGUCAGUUUCACAGCUUCGGGGAAGCUGAAGGUAGCAUUUAGUAGCCCAGAUGUCAUUUCAACUAGC